UCGUCAACGACCCAGCGACAAUGCCGAGCUUCAACUUAGGUGCGCCCAUCAACACCGCGCUCCUCCUCUACAUUCUCUACGCCGUGCAGCGCAUCCUCUUCCCGCCAGCCUCGGCCAAGGCGAAGUCAAUCCCGACGGAGUUCAAGCACGGGUACAGCUGGAUGCCCAAGGCGCACCCGCCGACGGUGCUGUUUACGACAUACACACCCAAGACGCUCGCACCGUUUAAUGGAAAGGACGGGGGGAGAAUAUUGCUGGCGAUUGAUGGGACGGUGUUCGAUGUAACUGCAGGGCGGAACUUCUAUGGACCUAAUGGGAUGUACGGCAACUUUGCGGGGCGCGAUGCGAGUCGCGGGAUGGCGAAACAGUCUUUCGACGAAGAAAUGCUGACCCCCAUCGACCAACCGCUCGACAAAUGCGACGAUCUGACGCCGGAAGAGAUCGAGAACAUGAAAGGCUGGUAUGAUCACUUUGCGAACAAGUAUAUCAUUUGCGGCAAGCUCGUCGAGAACGAUGCCAUCUAAUUACGCUGAGGAUUGGUGCCUCAGGCCGAAUAUUGCGGAUCAUUUAGAGUUUGUCAGUGUUAUACGUCCCGGAAUUCUGUCGCUAUGUGUAAUAUAGUUGAUCUCAUCGCCCGUCUAUGCUGUUGCAUCCUCACCACCCUCUGAAGUCUACGCCGGAGUGUAAGACUCUCAUAUGGAUUCCCUGCUCG